UAUUUCCUGGCACGGAUCCUUCAAAUCGAUCUCGCUAUCGAUCAGUCUUUGGAGAAAUCCGAGCAGCAAGCUAUCCGCCAGCGAAUCUUCCGCCAUUUGGAGAUCGCCGCCAACACAAGCCACACAAUGUCACAGUUCCACUUGACCCAGUGUUAUUAUCAAGGUGUCGGGGUCGACGAAGACCACACCAAAGCUGUCGAUAUGUUUCGCAGUCUUGCAGAAUGUGGAAUGGCACAAGCCCAAGUUGCUCUCGGUCGAUGCUUUGAGAGCGGCGAGGGUGUCGAUCAAGACUAUAGCACAGCCAUCGAGUGGUAUUCCAGGGCUGCCGACCAGGGCAGUGAAGAUGGGCGCCUUCACAUCGUGCAUCUCAUGGCCGUGUGUGUGUUUCAUGGAUUCGGAACUACCGAGGACCGGAGGAAGGCAGCGGGUAUCUUCGAGCAGCUCGCCAACGAAGGCCACAGCGACAGCCAGUUCUGCAUCGGAGAGUGCUAUUGGCGUGACUGGGGUGUACCGAAGGACUACGAGAAGGCAUUCGAGUGGUUCAGCAAGUCGGCUAACCAAGGCAACUCGUAUGGGCAGUGGAGGCUUGGUUCUCUCAACUGUUGGGGAUACGGAGUCACCAGAGACGAGCCCAAGGCAAUCGAGUGGUGUCGCAAGUCUGCCGAGCAGGGCAAUCGAUACGCACAAUAUUGGCUCGGCAACCGCUACAAGAAUGGCGAAGGUGUCCCUCAAGACAUCGACACCGCCAUUUUCUGGUACCGCAAGUCGGCCGACCAGGGUCUCGACUGGGCCAUCAGUAGUCUCAAGAAACUCGGCAAAUGGCCCUGA